ACCUUCAACACACACACACACAGAGUAGAGAGCUCAAAUAAAAUAAAAAAUGGGCAUCUCAGUGUUCUUGAAAGAGAGAAAAUACCCGUUCCUCUUCGCCCUCUCAGUCCUCUUCCUCUGCGUCACUCUCCUCCUCCUCACCAACUCCACCCCCACCCCUCUCUUCCUCUCCUCCUCCGAUCUCCAUUCCUCCUCCUCUUCUCAACCUCAGCCUUCCAACCCUAUCGCGUCCACCGCCAAAACCGGUGCCGUUUCCGGUGGCGAACUCGCCGCCGUCAAUAUAUCCUGGGAGCUCUGCCCCGGCCCCCUGGCCGUCGAUUUCAUCCCCUGCCUGGACAAUUUCAAGGCCAUCAAGGCCUUGCAGUCGCGCCGCCACAUGGAGCACCGCGAGCGGCAUUGCCCGACGCCGAGCCCGAGGUGCCUGGUCCCGUUGCCGAGUGGCUAUAAGGUGAAGGUUCCGUGGCCGAAGAGCAGGGACAUGAUAUGGUAUGACAAUGUACCUCACCCGAAGCUGGUUGAGUACAAGAAGGAUCAAAACUGGGUGCGGAAGUCCGGUGAUUACCUUGUUUUUCCUGGGGGUGGUACUCAGUUUAAGGAGGGGGUUACUCAUUACAUUGAGUACAUUCAAAAGACUUUGCCGACUAUUGUAUGGGGGAAGAACAUAAGGGUCAUUUUGGACGUUGGUUGUGGGGUUGCUAGCUUUGGGGGAUAUUUGCUGGACAAAAAUGUUAUCGCCAUGUCGUUUGCGCCAAAAGAUGAACAUGAAGCUCAGAUACAGUUUGCUCUAGAAAGGGGGAUUCCUGCUACUCUUUCAGUUAUUGGAACACAAAGGCUGACAUUUCCAGACGAUGCAUUUGAUUUGCUUCAUUGUGCGCGGUGCAGGGUUCACUGGGAUGCUGAUGGCGGGAAACCACUGUUGGAGCUCAACAGGGUUCUUAGGCCUGGGGGAUUUUUCAUAUGGUCUGCUACACCAGUUUAUCGUGAUGAUAACGAAAGAGAUCGCGGAGUAUGGAAAUCUAUGGUGGCUCUGACAACAGCAAUGUGCUGGAAGGUUGUUGCUAAGAGUCUUGAUUCAACUGGAAUUGGGCUCGUAAUAUAUCAAAAGCCUGACUCUACUUCCUGCUACAGUGAACGCCAACAACAUGAUCCACCUGUGUGUGAUCCUAAAGACAAGAAAACUAGUUCAUGGUACGCGCCACUUAGUCGUUGCCUUUCCCAACUACCUGGAUAUAGUUGGCCCGCGCCAUGGCCGCAGAGGCUUAUCAGUAAACCUCAAAGCUUAUCGCCUGAGCCAGAAUCCGAGGAGAAGUUCUACAAGGACACUAAAGUUUGGUCUGCACUUGUGUCAAAUUCCUAUCGGAAUAAUGCUGCUAUAAACUGGUCAAGUGUGCGGAAUGUAAUGGAUAUGAAUGCUGGUUAUGGAGGAUUUGCUGCGGCGCUUAUCGAUCUACCUCUCUGGGUAAUGAAUGUCAUCCCGGUUCAUGUACCAGAUACUCUGCCUAUUAUAUUUGAUAGAGGAUUGAUUGGAUUCUAUCAUGACUGGUGCGAGUCUUUGAGUACCUACCCUCGAACCUAUGAUCUACUGCAUUCAAGUUUUCUCUUUCAAAGCCUUUCUCAAAGAUGCGACAUUGUAGAGGUAGUGGUAGAGAUGGAUCGCAUACUGAGGCCUGGUGGAUAUAUAGUAAUUCAAGAUACAAUGGAAAUGAUAGACAAGCUGAGGCCACUUUUGCAUUCGCUUCAAUGGUCUUCAACCGUCCAUCAGGGUCAAUUUCUUAUUGGUCAGAAAGGUUUCUGGCGUCCAGCAAGAGGUUCAAGUAGAUCAUGAAUGAAGAUAGCUUUUGCUGAGCUUUUUUUCCUGUACAAGCUUAUUUUCUAUAUGUUAAUCAUUGGUAAGAAAGAAUCAUAUAGUUUGACAACCAUUUUUACCUCUCAAAAUUCAAGUCCCGCAGUCAUAGGGCUCAUAGAAAGAAAUCUAUAUCCUUACCAAUAAUGUAAUGGUAUUGGUCAAGUUACAUAGUCAAAUUGUAUAAUGCAUUACUCGAUACAGUUAUAUAAUAGAAAUGUUAUGUAUCUACUAUCUAA